UAUGAGGAGCGAAUUAAGACACGGUGGAAACUAGACCACUGAUGAUUCAAUCGAACCUUUUGUCCGAUCAUAUAUACAAAUCACACUAUGGAUAGGUUAGCUUCAAAUAUCAACAUGAAAAUGCAUCUUUAGGAAAUAAAAGAGAUAAGAAUAAUGUAUAUUGGGUGAGACAAAAGUAUGUGUAUGAUUCAAUUUCGGAGUCAAAUGUCGGGAUUCCUUUGUAAUUAUGUUUUUCUUUGUUGCGUUAUAUUGAACGUUGUCACUCGUGUAAACUAGGUAUUGAAAGCGUCAUGUGUUCAUUAUUAUUCAGUAACUAAAAUUCAAAUUUCGAAAGGAACUAAUGAGUAGAACUCUCGUCAUCUCGGCGUCGGUUCACGUUGAAUACUUGAUGGCAGGAAACGAAAAUGUGCCAGGAGCCUUGGCAGAUGACACAUUAUCUGUGAGACUGCAAUGGUUACGUCAGCGCAGAGAAGCCUUGCAAGAAAAGCUUGCUCAAAAAAAUAAUGAAUUAAAAAAUCUAUGUAUAGAGGAGGCAGAAAUAACAGGUAUUUUAUCACCGGACAUACCUCUGGAACCUGGUGAAAGUCCGCCAUCUUUUCAUAGAAAAGUAGACACUUGCUUUAUAUAUCCACAAAAAUUGAUCAACAAGCUGAAAACAACUGAUGUUGAGGAGUCAGAAUUAGAGUUAGAAAAGCAAGUACAGCUCGGAAUUGUAGAAACCGCAUUGAUUAUCAUUAAUGAUCCUACAGAAAGUAAGGCCACGCGACGCAAACAUAGACUUGCUUAUCAACAAAGCCAGCGAAGGUUACAAGAAUUAGAGAUGGAGCUAAAUUUUAUUAGACAGACUCGUGGUAAAGUACAUCGACUGCAAUCGUCAGGAAGUUGUAAUACGCAAUCGCAUUCACAUAUUAAUGUAAAACAUAGAAUAAAAAAGCCACGGCCACCUUUAGAUAGUACAGGAAAUGACAUAAUCACUCCGAAAUCUGUUGGAAGGAGUAUACUUCAUGAACCUGGUGUUAAUUUAAGUCCCUUGGGAUCAGAAGAUAAAUUGAAUAGUUAUACCGGACAAGAAUAUGAGAAGCAAUUGGUUGUAUCAAAUGUCUGCAAUCAUCACAAUAGUACUUAUCUCAAUGCAAACCCUGUUGAACAAUCGAGCGUUAAGAUUGUGGAGCAUGAUCACAAUGAUAAUCAUAAUAUUUACAUUUUACCCGAUCAGUACCGCGUACGCACGUAUUCUCAUGGAAGUGGUGAAUCUCGCGGCCAUUAUCAAGAUAUCGAGAAGACGUAUCAUCCUUAUGUGCCGAAUACCUAUACCGAAGACGAGCGUCAAAUACGUUAUCGUCAAUUCCAACAUUUGCAAAAGCAACAGCAAUUGCAAGAUCAGAUACAGCAGAAUCACAGACUACAGUAUACAAGUUCUUUCGAGUACAAACGCUUAGAUAACACGGAUAUACGGAAAAGCUGUCAAGCAAUCUAUGACAGAGAUUUUCGCGCAUCUCAUUGCUUGCCCGAUUAUCAGACUUGUAAGAAUGGUGCACAAUCCCAACUGCUUUUACAAAGGCGAGAUCGCGACUCACCAUUAUCGUUCUGCAUCAAAAACUCGCAACACAGUGGUGGUAGUACAUCAAUUGAAGCACAAUUGUCGUCUGGUUAUUGGGCGCGUCACAAUGAUGAUAUUUAUUGGGUGAGCAUGGACGAACCCGAUAGAUUUGGCAGUUUGGAUCGCAGACGCCGAAACGCUCAACACAACGAUAGAAUCAGUGAGGCAAAUUUAGACACUCAAUCACGUUAUCGCAUGGUCACCGUUGCAUACAAUAAAAGUACAUCAAGCAGCAAUGUUACUACAUUAUCAAAUCAACAUCAUUCCAUUCAUCUGUUACCAUUGUCCGAGCAAAUACCAUUGAUCAAUAGUAAAAUGCUGUUGCGCACACAGUCAUUAGGAAGUGUAGAGACUUGGCAAUCAAGUCAUUCGUACGAUUCACAUAAUUGUAAGGAUGCGCCUGUGCCGGAAUACACUACCAAUAACAAUCGUAAGAAUCGUCAAAAAGAGUGGUAUGAAACAUCUUUAGAUAUGGAAACGAAUGCAGAUUUAGAUCAUAAUCUGGCUAUCGCGCGAAAAAAUGCACAUUAUCAGUCAAGUCCUCCACUAACAUGUAUCAAAACUACAAAAAACGCAAGAGAUAAUCAAAUAAUUAGCGAGUCAUUGCCUAUGCCAAUGAAUCCAAUGAACAGUCACAAAAGGGACAAAUCUGAGAAGCGGCAAUACGCGAUACAACAAUCUCAUUUUCGAUAUGAUCAGUCUACAAUGAGACCAAAAGUGCUGGAAAUACCGGCCGAAUCAAAGCCAUCCCUAGAUGUUUGUGACAACGCGAUACAGCCGUUAGGCUCAUCGCAAAAUUGCACAGUUGUGCAGCCAGGAAAGUAUCAGCCAUAUAGGGAAGUAACAAAGCCCUUUGAAAUGUCAGACUUUUAUAAAUACUCAACGAAAUUCCGCAAGAGAAAUGAAAGCGUCAUGCAGUCUCAGCUCGAAAACAGAGAUUCUUCGCUCCAAGAUAAUCGUUCUGUAGAAGUAGACAUCAAUGAUUUAUCCAGAGAUUCCAAUUCUUUUAAUUUUGAACAGAAUGGCAGUGUCGGUAAUGUUAUCGCCAAUCCAGUACAAAGAAGACUGUAUCAACCGGUUCAGCGCAUGACUUGUCAGCCUUACCUCUCAUCAUUGAGAUAAUGUGCGCGCGCGUGCGUGCGUGUAAUGUAAAAUUUAUUUACGUUAGGAUCAAAUACAGAGUUAUCACAUUAUCAUAC